AUGGUUCUUUUAAGUGUUUAUGCAAAAAAUCUAAAAAUUAAGUAUAAAAGUACUCUUUUUUCUAAAGCUACGUUUUUAGUGUUAUUAAGUGAAUUAUUUGCAAUAAUAUUCUCAUUUAUAAUUGCUUACAACACAGGUGGUUUAUGGUUAAAAACGGCUUCAUUUUAUGAACAACCGACAGUAGAUUUAGUAGGAGAUUAUAUUUUAACAGCUAAAACAAGUAAUGCAACCCCUAUUGUUUGCAGUACAUAUCUAUUUUAUAGACAGCAUUUGCCACAUUACGAUUUUUGCUCAAUAAUAAAGUUUAGAGAAAUAGAUUACAAUUAUGAUGGAAAAAAUGAUGAACUAACGAUGGAAAUAAAUUUUAAUCUUUACAAUUAUACACUAGACUCGAUAAACUUGGUGCUUCCAAUCAAAUAUCAAUUAAAGGAUCCCUGUACUCUUAAAAUGCAAUCGUUUAUCAUUUACCAGUACAAUUUCCAACGAGAAAAAGUGACUGAAUUAAUCAUUUAUGCUAGUUUGGAGUUUGUCCAGUCAAGUCCAAUUUCGUGUAGACCUAAAUUGUCAGAUAUUUACAACGUUCCCAUAAUAGAAAAUGGUCCAGAAAGUAAGAAUUAUGCUUUGGAAAGCAUCUUGGAGAAGUAUUUACAAAGAAAUGUUACAACUCAUUUAAAAAACGUUUAUACAGUCGUGAAAACAGGAAUCCAGAAGUCAUUCACAUUAAAAUUGUUGGUAAAAUAUCCCAAACAACAAAUUUAUUACCGUCCUGGAUUCUGGCAAAUAAUUAAAAUGGCAUGGAUUCAGUACUUUGCUAUAUACAUUAUUUUAUCAUGGUUAGCACGAAAAAUAAAAGAUUACAUAUUUCACAAUAGAUUAGUGUGGUAUUAUGCCGAUUCGCCUUUAAACAAAAAAUAA